AUGACUUUUAGAUCAGAGCUCGGAAUAGUUUCACUUCCAAGGAAGAGAAACUCACCGAGUCACUGACAUUGAGAGCUGAGAUGGCGGAGAAAGGAGUUGAACUGGAUCAAGAUACCUUUUCUUGUUCCAUCUGUCUGGAUCUACUGAAGGAUCCGGUGACUAUUCCCUGUGGACACAGCUACUGCAUGAACUGUAUUAAAAGACACUUUGACGAAGAGGAUGCAAAGCAACACAACCACAGCUGUCCUGAGUGCAGACAACUCUUCCCUUCGAGGCCUGUCCUGGUGAAAAACACCUUGUUAGCAGCUUUAGUGGAGCAGCUGAAGAAGACUGGACUCCAAGCUGCUCCUGAUGAUCACUGCUAUGCUGGACCUGAAGAUGUGGCCUGUGAUUUCUGCACUGGAAGAAAACUGAAAGCCAUCAAGUCCUGUUUAGUUUGUCUGGCAUCUUACUGUGAGAAACACCUUCAGCCUCAUUAUGAUGUAGCUCCUUUAAAGAAACACAAGCUGGUAGAUCCCUCCAAGAAGCUCCAGGAGAACAUCUGCUCUCGUCAUGAUGAGGUGAUGAAGAUGUUCUGUCGUACUGAUCAGCAGAGUAUCUGUUAUCUCUGCUCUGUGGAUGAACAUAAAGGCCACGACACAGUCUCAGCUGCAGCCGAAAGGACUGAGAGGCAGAGAGAGGUGGAGGUAAGACGACAAAACAUCCAGCAGAGAAUUCAGGACAGAGAGAACGAUGUGAAGCUGCUUCAACAGGAGCUGAAGGCCAUCGCUCACUCUGCUGAUAAAACAGUGAAGGACAGUCAGGAGAUGUUCACUGAGAUGAUCCGUCUCCUCCAGGAAAGAAGCUCUGAUGUGGAGCUGAAGGUCAGAUCCCAGCAGGAAACUGAAGAGAGUCGAGUCAAAGAGGUUGAGGAGAAGCUGGAGCAGGAGAUCACUGAGCUGAAGAGGGAAGACGCUGAGCUGAAGCAGCUCUCAGACACAGAGGAUCACAACCAGUUUCUACACAACUACCCUUCGCCUACACAUCACACUCAAGUGACACACUUUCUCCCUAUCCACUCUUUUCAUCUGCAGUACUUUGAUGGAGUGAAAGUGGCUGUCUCUAAGACCAGUGAUCGAGUGCAGGAUGUUCUAAAUGAAGAACUGACAAACAUCUCGCUGAAAGUGACUGAAGUGGAUGUUUUACUUUCACAGCAGCCAAAGACCAGAGAUGAUUUCUUAAAGUAUUCAUGUAAAAUCACACUGGAUCCAAACACAGCACACAAGAAGCUGGUGCUGUCUGAAGGAAACAGAAAAGCAACACUCUUGAUGAUGGAACAGUCUUAUCCUGAUCAUCCAGACAGAUUCACUGCCAGUGGUCAGGUCCUGAGUAGAGAGAGUCUGAGAGGACGUUGUUACUGGGAGGUGGAGAAAGGAGAGGGAGGAAUUUCAGUCGUGGUUGCAUACAAAGAUAAUAACUCAGUAAAUGAAAGAUUUGGAGAAAAUAACAAGUCUUGGGCAUUUGAUUUUUACAAAAAUCGUUACAAUUUCAGAUAUAACAAAAUCCAAAAUCCCAUCCCAGGUCGUCCUUCCUCCAGAUUAGGAGUGUACCUGGAUCACAGAGCAGGUAUUCUGUCCUUCUACAGCAUCUCUGAAACCAUGACUCACCUCGCCAAAGCCAAGAUCACAUUCUCUCAGCCGCUCUAUGCUGGACUUUUGCUGAAUGGUCCGACUGGAAACACUGCUGAGCUGGGUUUGCUUGUAGAGUAGAUAUAUAUGAUUCCCUGGUCUGAGUCUGUACAGAUGAAAAUAAGUUUCACACACUGAAUUGUGCAGUUGACUGUUAAAUGGAGGAAGUGAACUCAGGGAAUUUACUGAAGGAAUUAAUAUCAAUAUCAUUCCUGAUUGUCAAAGAAGAAAAGUCUAAUUUGUGCUGAGAUUCUUCAUAUGCUUAACGUUAAGGUUUUAAAUCUGAUGUCUCUGACUUCCAUCUUCAUCAUCUUCAUUUGCAGACUUUGUGUUGUCCACUAGAGGUCGGUCUUCACAAAUAUGUUAUUCUACCCUACAUUGCUUUAUUUUCUCAGUUCUGACAAAUUAUCUGCCUUAUUUUGGCUAAAUAAUAUCGUAAUGUAAUAUGUUUCUUGCAAGUGUCCACAAACUUUUGGGAGAUUUAGUAAUAGAAAUGUGCAGUAUUUUCCACUAACAACAUGUGUAAAUUAACUCAAAUCAAGAAGUGCAGAUCUAAUUCCUAUAGACCUUUGAUUUUUUUUUUUUUUUUAACUUUAAACACGAUGCAUAUUAUGAAUUUAUUUUACUGUUAAUUUUAUAUCAUAUUUCGGUUUGGUGUUACAUGUCUAAUAGAUGCACAUCUUAUAUCUGUUGCCUGAGUUGAUGCAUGUAUAAAAUUUAUUGUUUUAUUUUAAGAUGUUUUAAUGGGAUAUUUUUGCACUGCUAUUAUCUGAAAGCUGAAUAUGAGACGUAAUUAUGCUGUGAAUGAUUACAACUUUACUUAAAUGACAAACUGUGAGCAUGGGAGUUUUUUUUUAAUUACAAUGCAAUGCACAUAUCCAUCUGUUUAAUUUACUGAUAUAUUUUCAGUUUGAUGACUUGUUUUUAGAUAUUCAUUAAUAUAUUUCUGUGAUCUGAAGAAGAAAUAGAUAAAUAAAGUCU